AUGGCUUGGGAAGAACCUCGCAAAACGGGCAUGCAGUACCGCCGCCUAGGUAACUCAGGCUUGCACGUAUCUGCGCUCGGCCUGGGAGGAUGGCUCACUUUUGGAGGCCACGUCGAAAAUGAACUCACAUUCUCUAUCAUGAAGACGGCCUACGAUAACGGGAUCACGUUCUUCGACACGGCGGAGUCUUACGCCGCAGGUCAGUCCGAGAUCAUCAUGGGCCAGGCCAUCAAGAAAUUUGCAUGGAACCGCAACGACAUUGUGAUAUCCACAAAGCUCAACUGGGGCGGCGCAAAUGGCGAAGUGCUUGUCAACAACCACGGACUCUCGCGCAAACACAUCAUCGAGGGUCUUCGCGCAUCUCUCAAACGCAUGGAUCUGGAGUAUGUCGAUAUAGUGUAUGCGCAUCGUCCGGAUCGUCUUACACCCAUGGAAGAAACAGUUCGCGCAUUCAACCAUGUCAUCGAGCAGAAAGGGUGGGCGUUGUACUGGGGCACAUCUGAGUGGUCUGCAGACGAGAUUGCCGAGGCUUGCGGGAUAGCGAAGCAGUUAGGUCUCAUCGCACCGGUAGUCGAGCAACCGCAGUACAAUUUGCUCGAAAGGAAAAAGGUUGAGAGCGAGUUCCAGCGUCUAUAUGCGCGCUUCGGGAUUGGACUGACUACAUUUUCGCCGCUGAAGUUUGGGCUGCUUAGCGGAAAGUACAAUGAUAGUCCGGAUGCGCCGCCAGCAGGAUCGAGGUUUGCUGAAGGAAAAGAUGGCUUUGUGAGUGGGAUGCGCGACCGAUAUGGAAACGAGGAGUGGAGUGGUAUGAUCAACAGUGCGAGGAAAUUGAAGCCGAUUGCGGAUAAGCUAGGCGUUAGCCAGUCGCAGUUGUCGCUUGCGUGGUGCUUGAAGAAUCCGCAUGUAUCUGCGGUGAUCACUGGCGCAUCAAGACCAGAGCAGGUGGUGGACAACUGUGCAGCUUUGAAGAUCAUGGACAAGCUUACGCCGGAUGUGAUGGCUGAGAUCGACGCAGUGGUCGGGAGCGUUCAGUUAGAUCCUGCUCGGCAAGAUUAG